CUCCCCUCCCCCAGCCCCAGCUUCAUUUACCUCCGACUCAUCUGGUCUUAUUUUUAGCUCCGGCGGCGUCUCUCCCUUUUCCUUUCUUAAUAUGGUGAUGAGCUCUUAGUCCAGCAUAGGGACAGGGGCUGAGGAGCUCUGGACACUGGGGGAGGGGAGGGAAGGAGUUGUUGGAGCCUGGGGGAAAGAUGCAGGAGGUGGGAGGAUUCUAGCCCUCAUGGAGCUGUCCUGGCCUCAGAAGGUUAUCCAUCUCUCCUGCCAACCACAGGGACAUAUUUAGACAGGACCAGGUGGGGACCAAGGGGUGCCAAUUUCAGGGGGCAGCUCCGGUUCCCUCCCCGCCCCCUGCUCUUAUUCCUCCUCCUGACCCUUUUUCUCUUGGCUCUGUGGGCAGUUUCUCCAGGACCCAGUAGUGUCCUCUGUCCACUGCUCUGGGCCAUUCCCUACGCCACCCCCACCUUGAGCACCUCAGGAUUUGGGACACAGUGGCCCCUCCCUACCCCAGCUAACCUCUUCUGGACCAGGAGAGCCAACGCAGAUCCCACUACCUCCAUGAGCACUACAGACAGGAUGGGGGCCAGAGCUGUGCUGGGUCUGCGGCUGGCACUGCUCUUACUGCUGGUUCUAGGGACACCCAAGUCAUGGGUACAGGGGGAGGAAGGACUGGACUUCCCCAAGUAUGAUGGUGUGGACCGUGUCAUCAAUGUCAACGCAAAGAACUACAAGAAUGUGUUCAAGAAGUAUGAGGUGCUGGCACUCCUCUACCAUGAACCCCCCGAGGAUGACAAGGCCUCACAAAGACAAUUUGAGAUGGAGGAGCUAAUCCUGGAGUUAGCAGCCCAAGUCUUAGAAGACAAGGGUGUUGGCUUCGGGCUGGUGGACUCUGAAAAGGAUGCAGCUGUGGCCAAGAAACUAGGACUAACUGAAGAGGACAGCGUUUAUGUAUUCAAGGGAGAUGAAGUCAUAGAGUAUGACGGAGAGUUUUCUGCUGACACCCUGGUGGAGUUUCUGCUUGAUGUCCUAGAGGACCCUGUGGAAUUGAUUGAGGGUGAACGAGAGCUGGAGGCAUUUGAGAAUAUUGAGGAUGAGAACAAACUUAUUGGCUACUUCAAGAGCAAAGACUCAGAGCAUUACAAAGCCUUUGAAGAUGCAGCCGAGGAGUUUCAUCCCUACAUCCCCUUCUUCGCCACAUUCGACAGCAAGGUGGCAAAGAAGCUAACUCUGAAGCUGAAUGAGAUCGAUUUCUAUGAAGCCUUCAUGGAUGAGCCUGUGACUAUCCCAGACAAGCCCAACAGUGAAGAGGAGAUUGUCAACUUCGUGGAGGAGCACAGGAGAUCAACCCUGCGGAAACUGAAGCCUGAGAGUAUGUAUGAGACCUGGGAGGACGAUAUGGAUGGAAUCCACAUUGUGGCCUUUGCAGAGGAAGCUGAUCCUGAUGGCUUCGAAUUCUUAGAGACUCUCAAGGCUGUGGCCCAAGAUAACACUGAAAACCCUGACCUUAGCAUUGUCUGGAUCGACCCCGAUGACUUUCCCCUGCUGGUCCCAUACUGGGAGAAGACAUUUGACAUCGACUUGUCAGCCCCACAAAUAGGAGUCGUCAAUGUUACUGAUGCUGAUAGCAUAUGGAUGGAAAUGGACGAUGAGGAAGACCUACCUUCUGCUGAAGAGCUGGAGGACUGGCUUGAGGAUGUGCUGUCAGGAGAGAUCAACACAGAAGAUGAUGAUGAUGACGAUGACGACGAUGACGAUGAUGAUGACUAGUUGCUAUGGCAACCAUCUCCCUGCCCCACCUGAUCUCCUUAUGCUCCCUCCUGCCUUCCCUGCCCUUCCCUUAGCUCCUCCAGCAGCACUAGCUCAUUCUCUGUCAUAGGGACAACUGGGGUCUAUAUGCUGGGUGCUGACGCCCUGAUCCCCCUCAUCUGAUGAGGAAAGGAGCUAUUUUUCCCUAGAUACCAGCCCAGCUGUCUCAUCUGACUUCCGUUUCUUAUCUCAUUACUUACCUGUAUUCUUUGUCUCUUCCAUCACUCCCCAUACUCUUCAUUAUUCUUCUUCUCUUGCCCUAUCUAUGGGCUUCCAUCUCUCUUCUGUUCCCUCCAUCUACACACAGUCUUUCCCGACUCCCUCAAAUCCCAUAUCCUUCUAGCUGUCCUGCCCAUGGCCAGGAGGAAGGGAGGGUACUGAGUUUGGGACUGUAUCUCAGCAAUCUCUUGUUAAUGUAUUUGGGUCAAAUGAGAGGCCUCAAUAAAGAGAUCUGGGGCAGCAUGA